UCUCUAUCAACCCUUCGUAACUACUACUCAAUCCUCUUCAAUACCGUCAUAAUGGUCGCCGCCUGGAAAGCCGCUGGUCUCAGCUACAACCGUUACCUGGCCGUCGCCGCCCGUGUUGUCCGCCGCUCGCUCAAGGAAGACAAGAGAUUGGCUGCCGAGCGCAGAGGAGAGAUGGACUUGAGAUUUGCCAAGUGGGAGAACGGCAAGCAGGGUGAGACCAAGAACCUCGCCGCCGCUCUCGCAGAGUCCACCCCCACCCAGGCCUCGUAAAUUCAUCCAGAUACCAUGCGCUAGGGAAAGACAAAGGGAAGG